AAUACGGUUGGAGCCACAGUCGCUCAACAAGUCAAUUUGUCACUUGUAAAUUUGAAUUUGAAAAUCAUCAAAAUGUCUAGUGAAGUAUUUUGUUAUUGCCCAAGCAAUAGUCUGCCAUCUUCAAACGCAAGUACUACUGACACAAAUUGCCCAAUUCUUAGUGAAAAUGAAACAUGCCCUUGUACUGAUCAUAAAAUAUAUGAAACUCACAGAACAGCCGUGCCGAUGCCUGAAUUAUAUUAUACUGAACAGUUACAAAAACAAGAUUUAUUCUGGCAAACAACAAUAAACCAAUUAUGUCAACACAUCAAAUGCCUCGAAGAAGAAAAAUGUUCCACCGAAUAUACAGUUAACAGUGUAGAAAGUUCAUUGCUUCCUUGCAUCACAUAUCUAAUGAUACAAUUUAGUGAGACAAAACCUAAUCUGGAUGUAACUAAAUUAAUCGAUUUGCCAGAUACAUCGAAUUCAGAAAAUUGUAUGCAAUGUCGAUUGCAGUUGCCUAAUUUACCUGCUCUCGAAUUUAUUGCUAUCCAAGCUAAUGAUCUUCUUUAUAUGGAUAUUAUUAAAGCACAUGUCAAAGAAAUAAAUAAACUGCAAUCAAAUAUUAGUAAUCUGAGAUCACAAGAAAGCGCGUUAUUAAAAACCAAACAAUUAAUUAGUGAUAUGCUAAAAAGCAAGAAAAGUAAAUUGGUGCUAAAUGGAGAACUUAUAAAUGAUUUACUACAACGACUUGAAACUUCAAAAUGUUUAUUAUUGCAACAAAUCAAAGACGAGAAAAGUCAAGCUGAUGAGUUGAACAGUCAAGUUGAGAAUAUAAUGAAAGAGAUAGCUGAUGAAGAAAAGCGAGGUGAAGAGCUAAUUGAGAAAUUAAAUUAUGCAGGUGCUAAUAUUGAAAUUGCUAGCCAAGUGCGCGAACGUACUGAAAACAUUGACGGUGUUCACGUUAAUCUUGCCGACGAACUUGUAUCCUUGAAUGAGAAAUAUUGUUCGUUGCAGAAGCAAAUAAAAGAUUUAAACGUAGAACUUGAAAAUAUAAAAAGCAAUUAUAGAAAGAAAGCAUUCACCAGUUGUGGUUUACCACAUCUUAAUUCUGUUGCAAAAGUUGCAUUAAGUAACCAAAAAUUGAAUAAUUGUACAUGUGAUGACAAUAUAAAAGCAAAAUAAAAUAAAUUUGCAUCAUC